CAGAAGAUUUGGGAGCCGCGGCCUGAGAGAGAGGUCAAGGGUCAGUGCAAGAACCGGGGAGGAGAUGGUGAAGCAGACUAUCCAAAUUUUCGCCAGGGUGAAGCCCACUGUCCGGAAGCAGCAACAAGGGAUUUAUUCCAUAGAUGAAGAUGAAAAAUUAACACCUAGCUUGGAGAUCAUCUUACCUCGUGAUUUGGCAGAUGGAUUUGUGAAUAAUAAGCGAGAAAGCUACAGAUUUAAAUUUCAAAGGAUUUUUGAUCAGAAUGAAAAGCAAGAGACCAUUUUUGAAAACAUUGCCAAACCAGUUGCUGAGAGUGUACUGGCAGGUUACAAUGGUACCAUCUUUGCAUAUGGACAAACAGGCAGCGGUAAGACGUUCACCAUCACAGGUGGGGCAGAGCGCUACAGUGACAGAGGCAUUAUCCCAAGGACACUGUCAUACAUUUUUGAGCAAUUACAAAAGGACAGCAGCAAAAUAUAUACAACGCACAUUUCCUAUUUGGAAAUCUACAAUGAAUGUGGUUAUGAUCUAUUGGAUCCAAGACAUGAAGCCUCCAGUUUGGAAGAUUUGCCGAAAGUGACAGUAUUGGAGGACCCUGAUCAGAAUAUCCACCUGAAAAACUUGUCUCUUCAUCAGGCAACCACAGAGGAAGAAGCUCUGAAUCUGCUUUUCUUAGGAGACACCAACAGAAUGAUUGCAGAGACUCCUAUGAACCAAGCUUCAACCCGUUCCCACUGCAUAUUCACCAUUCACUUAUCAAGCAAGGAACCAGGAUCUGCAACUGUGCGACAGGCCAAGCUGCAUUUGGUUGACCUGGCUGGUUCAGAGCGAGUUGCGAAGACUGGAGUCGGGGGCCAGCUUCUGACAGAGGCCAAGUAUAUCAACUUGUCACUACAUUACUUAGAACAGGUCAUCAUUGCCCUCUCAGAAAAGCACCGCUCACACAUUCCAUAUCGGAACUCCAUGAUGACCAGUGUCCUGAGAGACAGCCUGGGAGGGAACUGCAUGACGACCAUGAUUGCCACCCUCUCUUUAGAGAAAAGGAAUAUCGACGAAUCUAUAUCUACCUGUAGAUUUGCACAACGAGUGGCACUCAUAAAGAAUGAAGCUGUUCUUAAUGAAGAAAUCGAUCCCAGAUUGAUGAUUAUACGCCUACAAAAGGAAAUCCAGGAACUGAAGGAUGAACUGGCCAUUGUCACUGGGGAGCAGAGGACAGAGGCACUCACAGAAGCAGAGCUCCUUCAGCUGGAAAAGCGAAUAACAUCCUUUUUGGAAGACCAGCAUCCAGAGAGUAAACUAGAGGUUGGCGCUGAUAUGCGUAAAAUUCAUCACUGUUUCCAUUAUUUAAAGAAACUAUUGAAUGACAAGAACAUCCAUGGAACAAGCAUAGCCUCCUCUGAAAUCAAAGAUCAAAACAGUCAAGAACCAUUAAAAGAGGAAGAAUAUAAAAAGCUACGAGAUAUUCUACAGCAGAGGGACAAUGAAAUCAAUAUUUUGGUAACUAUGUUAAAGAAGGAAAAGAAGAAAGCUCAGGAUGCUCUCCACUUCUCCAGCAUGGACAGAAGUGAACUGAGACGCUCCCAGAGCUCCCCCUUCCCACCUGGGAACCCGGAAGGUCCGAGGAUGUUGCCACCCUCAGCUCCCACUCAGGCCCUGGACUCCAGCACUUCUCAGUACAGAUCCAGUUUGCUCCACGGAAAAACAGGGAUGAGAGAGGAAAUGUCAUUAGGACGCCAGGAGGCUUUUGAAAUUUUCAAGAGGGACCAUGCUGACAGCGUCACCAUCGAAGACAACAAACAGAUUCUGAAGCAGAGAUUUUCCGAAGCAAAGGCCCUGGGAGAAAGUAUAAACGAAGCAAGAGUUAAAAUUGGUCGCCUGAAGGAAGAAAUCACCCAGCGGCACAUGCAGCAAGUAGCUCUAGGUAUCUCAGAAAACACACCCGUGCCCUCGACGCCAGACCUGCUGGAAGAGAAGCUGCGAUCACAACUGCAGGAAGAAAAGAGAAGGUAUAAAGCAAUGUUCACGCACCUGAAGGCGCUGAAGGUGGAGAUUGAGCAUUUGCAGCUACUCAUGGACAAAGCCAAGGUGAAGCUGCAGAAAGAGUUUGAAGCCUGGUGGGCAGAGGAGGCCACCAGCCUGCAGGUAAACUCCCCAGCAGUGAAUUCACUGAAUCACAUGAAACCCUUUCCCCAGACGCCAGAAUCCCAGCACGAAAGGUCCCAGCUUCUCUCUAGCAAAAGUGACGUAUAUGCCAGGAAAAUCCUGCCCUCGCCUGGCCCCCUCCUGCACAGCCAGGAGCAGAGCAGCCCCAGCACCCCCCUGGAGGACAGGAUCCCGGAGAGGCCAGUGUCGUCGGUCCCGCUCACGGGGGACAGCCAGACAGACUCCGACAUCCUGGCGUUCGUCAAGGCCAGACAGAGCAUCCUGCAGAGGACAGGUUUCCAAUAAGCGUCCACCAUGCAUUGCGGCAGCAAGAACGGAGUACAGAUGAAGGCCCUGUCUUCAGCAGCGAUCUGUGGGCUGCUGGGGGCAACCGGUGACUUUGAUUCUGGCGGAGGGGCUACUUCUUUAAGGAUGAUAUCUUGGAGGCUGCCAGUGAGGCUGGGGCCAGGCUUACGGUGCCAUCCUUGCUGUGGGUGCUGGAGCUGCUGGCAGUCAGGCAAUGCCAGGGUGCUGGGGCGGGAUGAGGGCUUUAGCUCACUCUUGUGGUGGUGUUUCACGCAGACGAUCAGAAACUUUGAGAUUAUGAAAUAGUACCAUCCUAGUGUAGUGGCAGGGGAAGCUCACACUGGUAGAAUGAGGGGGAAACAAUAAUGGGUUAUUUUUAGCUACUUACCCACCCGCUCCCCUGCCCCAGCCCCUGGUUGAGAAGCCCAGGAAUUGCUGGGGCAGGCUACACAGCAGGUCAGAGCCAAAGACAAGGCAGUGGAAUCCAGGGCAUCUGGAUGGCCAGUCCUGACCUCCCAGGCCGGACCCUCCACCAUGGCCUGGACGACCCGUAGGCAGUGCCGAAAUCAGCUGUAUCUCCAGGAAGCCACCCCCGCUGCCCCACUGCAAGGUCUAAGGACAUGGCAGCACCCAGAGAGCAGCGGAUGGCUCCGGGAGCUCUGCAGAGAGCUGAGAGGGGCAGUGUGGGUGCCCUGGGCCUCGCCUUCACCCCGCCUCUUAGGGCUCUGCAGGAUUUGGGCCGAUUCUCCCCGCUCCCACGGGGGGAGCGUCUGGGGGGGGGGUCUCGUCUCAGGAGCCCUCUCAGCAUUCCAGACACAGAGCCAGAGGCCCGGUGGGUGGG